ACGAGACAACCCGCCAUUCAUUCACCACUUGCCAGCAAAAAGUGUUCAUUCGUUGCAGGAGCCAGUAAAAAGUAUAAACGUUGCGAUUUUUACUAAUAACGGUAAUAACUGAGUUUGCGAUAUCCUAGAAAAAUGGAGGAGAUUAAAAAUAUGAAACUGCCCAAGGCGUUAGUUGAAGAGCUUCGCAAAGCGGAGCAACGCUCGACCAUCUGCUGGGAGUCCAGCAACGAGGGGGUCCACGAGAGGGUCAACUUCGAUGACACGAUCUGGGGGCUCAGUCUGGCUGGCGGCGCGUUUUAUAACACCCCUCUUAGAGUUACACAGGUAAAAGAAGGCAGCCGAGCCGAACACGCAGGCAUCAAAGUCGGUGACUACCUGACGAGCAUCAACGACAUUGACAGCAUGACGCUCACGAUACAGGAGGCUCACGAUAUGAUCCUUGAGUCGGGGUUGCAGAUUAAGUUCGCGCUGUCUGCGCCUGAUGUUGAAGAAACGGUUCAUACAGUUUAUCAAGAUGUUUUUGAAGAUGAAGAAGAGGAAAAACGACGCGUGCAGGAGGUGAAAUCAUUAAGAAAACAAGAAGUUUUUAAAGGCGCUAAAACGAACGAUGCGUGGAGUCUGGCGUGGCCGUGCAGCAAAAAACGCGAUAUAAUGUACCGCGAAUCGAACUGUUUUCUGGUCCCCAGUCGGUAUCUGGCGAAGCAUUCGGACAGAAAUUUAAUAGAAAGCAAUGGAAUUGGAAAGGAAAGCAAACCGGAUAUAGCUCCGACUGUGGAAGUUGAUAACUGAAGCUGAAUAAACGAUUUUUAACAAAAAAAAAUUUAUAUUGACUCAUCGAAACUAAUUCCUUUGUUUUCAGAGAUGUUCUAAAUUUGAAUGUCAUUAUUAAAUCGAUAUCGACGUUAUUAUUACGCAAUAAUAACAUUUUCACAUAUAAGAAUUUCAUAAUUGGCCGUGAGUUCGUUUUGAACGCAUCAUAGAGAGUUCAAAAUAUCCCUGUACCUAGAUAAAAAC